AUGACUCCUGUUAAUAAUGAAUCCAAUGAACCAAAUGAAUCGAGUGAACCGACUGAACCAAGUGUACAAAGUGGAUCAAAGGUUAAUGAGGACCCUCUGAUAAGUGAUUCCAAAACCACUUUAGCUGCUGCUAAUAUCUCGAAUGUCGAGGGUACUGAGUCUAGCGCUGUAUACCAAAAGGCGGAACAUCCAACGACAGCGACUGACGAUGCCGACGCUGAAGGUGUCACUCCUGAACCUUAUUCCACCAAUUCAACUGCCACAGAUCUGACUGGACCCAGUGAUCACAAGAUGUCUCCUUCGAGCUCGCUAUCAAGUAUCCAUGCCGAAGGCGGCACAUCAGCCUCUAAAAGCAGUGGGUCUCCUGCUGGGCCUCAGACGCCUGUUCAGUCAAUUAAUAAGGAGAUCAUCGAAGGAGACGACGAUAAAUCCACAGAUUCCUCGCCAUCUGUUGCUAAAAGUCUCUAUCAACAUACGGCAACUUUUGUUAAUGAAGAUGAAUACGCCAGUUGGCUCGGUAGCGAUGGCGAGACUCAGCAGGCAGUUCGAGUUGAGUAUAUGUCUCUAUUUGAUUUCAAGAGUAAAAGCAUUUUAAGUGCUCUGAGAAUCCUAUGUGACAAACUAUACAUGAAAGGAGAGUCACAGCAGCUGAAUAGAGUCAUUGAAGCAUUUUCACAAUCGUGGGUCUCCCAAAACCCAAAGCAUGGAUUCUAUGAUGCCAAUGUCGUCUACACCAUUACCUAUGCAUUAGUCCUUCUCAAUACUGAUCUGUAUGCUGCGGAUCAUAGUACCACCAAGAAAAUGUCGAGAUCAGUUUUCAUUCAGAAUACCCUAGAAACUGUUCGUGCUCAACGAGGACCCUUACCAAACUCUCCUAAUCUGAGCCGUAGAUCUGAAGACUUUUCCUCUAGAAGAAUAUCGGUAGUAUCGUCAAAUCACGAUACUUUGAUGGUACAAGAUGCGAACGUCGAGCCAUUAUCAAAAGAAUGGGAAUUCCAGCUGGAAAUGGUAUUGAAAUCAUUUUAUUCCUCAGUAUCUAAAGAAGCAUUGCAACUACAUAUUAUUGAGCACGCGCCAUUUUCACCCCUGUCGAGAAUCUACUCUCCUACAGGGCAUGAUCAUACCCCUUCUAUCCUGUCAGCAAGCCAGGCUCAGAAUUCAGGUGCUUCCUCUAUAUUUGGAAGAAUGAACUUUGGUAGAUUAAGAGGAAGCAAGAAUCUUGAACCCCAUCAGAGUCGAAUUGCAUUGAAUGAUCGCGCUGCUGAGGGGUUUAGACAUGAUUCGCUUGCAUCUUCUUAUUCGCUAGAAACAAGCGUGACAAAUAAUUUCGGGUUCAGCCGCCAUGCUGUAGGAUUUGCUGGUCUACUGUGGAAUUCGAUGAUUAAAGAGGAAGAUAGUGGUGCUCAGAGUACAGGAGAUGACGACGAUUUUGCUGACUUUUCAAAGAUUGAGAAAGAGUUGGCCGAUGAAACCGAAUUAGAACUUCUUGGCGCGCCAUGGGCAAAGGAAGGUAUCUUGAUGUACAGACCGUAUGUGGAUCCUAGUACAGGAAAGAAGCCUAGAAAGAAGGACUGGACAAAGGUGUUUAUGGUUGUCCAAAGAGGUCAGUUAAAGAUGUUCAAAUUCGAUAUGUCAUCUAGUAGUCAUGGGGCUGUCAAUGGAGCUGUAGGUGGAGGUAACUGGAUGGAAAAUGCUCAACUUGUUGAUGGUUUCCAUUUGUGCCAUACCAUGGCCCAGGAGCUGCCACCACCCAAGAAAUCCAAUGGUUUUGCCGCAGUAUGGUCCUUGACAUUGCCACAACGAGGACUUCUAGUUUUCCAAGCUGGUACUCCCGAAGUUGCUAGAGAAUUCGUUUAUACCUGUAAUUUCUGGGCAGGAAGACUUUCAAAAGAGCCCUUUGACGACCCUGUCAGUAACAUGGAAUACGGAUGGACAGCUGCAUUGGACUCCAGUUCUGGCAAGUCUGGCAGUGCACUCAUGACUACACCGUCUACAGCUACAUUGAGACGACCUGGUAGUUCGGCUGGACAUAGAGUAUUGCCUGGAGACAGACUGACUAUUAAAGAGUGGAAACCCACUGGUCAUAACAUGGUAGUGUCAGACCUGAACGAAGAGAAGCAACUAAAGACUCUUCAGGAAUACAUCAAGCGAGCGGAAAAUGAUCUCACCGAACACAAUGCCUUGGUAUCAAAGUUGGCACAAGCAUAUACCCCAUCUACAACUAAUUGGAGCAAGGCUCACACUAACUGGGAAAACAAAUCUCAAUUCCUUCUUCAACAGGUGAUUCGUUACAAGAUUUACGUUGAAGUACUUGACAAGGCUAUCAAAGACAGACUUGAAAAGUUCCCUGUCAAAUCCGAAACUGAUGGUGAUGCUCAGGAUGACCUAACAGUUUCAGAUGGUGGUUUGCCAGUAAAAGACCCAUCGCUUGCGGUCUUUGAUAAGGGCUCACCCAAUGGUGAAAAAUUUUCCAGCGUAACUGUCGAAGCUCAUCAAGUUAUUGCUGCAUAG